CUCACAGUGGGGGGGGUGGGCUGGGGCCAUCCCUGCCCGUAUUUCAGGUGCAUGAUGCUGAUGUCACAGUGGCCACUGUGACCCGUGAGGCCAAGGGCACAAAAACGGGACUCUGGGCUCAGGCCCAGUGUCAGUGUUACCUGAUCACGAGAGGAGAAGGAAGAGGAGGGACAGCCCUUCUUUUGCAAACGCCUCUCGCUUCUUUUGCACAGAGAGUGUAGGAGCACCUGGAGGAGACCUUGGUGUUCCUCAACCAGACAACAGAAAGAGACGGCAGAGAGAGACCGGGCUCACACAGGGCUGACCAGCGAGUCAGGGGGCUCUACGCCUCAGGGCUCUGGCCCUGUGUUGCAGACUCGUCUCACUUCUGCCUCAGAACCAGUGGAGGAGCACCUGGAGGAGACCUCGGUGUUCCUCAACCAGACGCCAGGAAGAGACAGCAGAGAGAGACCGGGCUCACACAGGGCUGACCAGCGAGUCAGGGGGCUCUACGCCUCAGGGCUCUGGCCCUGUGUUGCAAACUCGUCUCACUUCUGCCUCAAAACCAGUGUAGGAGCACCUGAAGGAGACCUCGGUGUUCCAAGGAUAGAGACCCACCGCUGACAGUCACCAUGUCACACAGGGAGCAGGCGGCCCCCAGAGGGAGGGAGCCAGCAUGCCUGCUGUGUCAGAGAUCAGAUGCUGACUCGGACAUCUGCGGAGAAAAACUGUUCAUACAUGGGUUCUGUGCCCACGAGAACUGCCUGUUUUUUGCCAACAACUUUCCUGACCGCCCGGUUCAUCAUGGAGGACUCUGGUGUCUUCACUCGUGGGAGAUCCGAGAUGUAGUCUCCCAGGCGGCAGAGCAGAGCUGCAGCAUCUGUGGCCAAAUCGGGGCCACCAUUUACUGCUGUAGAAGACACUGUGAUGUGAGCUUCCACCUGCCCUGUGCCAGGCAGGGAGGCUGUGUCACCCAGUUCUGCAGACCAUUCAGGGCCUUCUGCGCAGCACACAGGCCAGAGCAGGCAGUGGAGGCAACUCCAGAGCCGGGCACCGAAUGCAUCAUCUGCAUGGAGCCUGUGGAGGACAGAAAGACCUUCAACACCAUGGUGUGCCCAGCCUGCAAAAGUGCCUGGUUCCACAGGGACUGCAUCCAAGGACAGGCUCUGCAUGCUGGUUAUUCCUCCAUCCAGUGCCCCCUCUGCAGAAAUGAUGACGCAUUUCGCAAGGAUCUGCUCACCAUGGGGAUCCGAAUCCCCCUCAGACCACCAACAUGGGAGGGCUUUAAUGCAUUUGAUGAGCUGGGAGACAGACACAGGCGCUGUGAUGCCAGUGAGUGCCUUUUUCCAGGAGGCAGGCAGGAGGCAGAGCGACAGGGGCCCUGGGAACUGCUCCUGUGCUCCUCCUGUGCUGCCGAGGGCACCCACAGACACUGCUCUGGCCUGAGGACCAGUAUAACCAGCUGGGAAUGUGAUGGCUGUGCUGGCCUGGGCACAUCCUCCCGAGUUGACUCCCAGCUUCCUGGUGUCAGCAUGGCCAGGCAGUCAGGACUGGAGCCUUGUGACGGCUCCAGGGAACCCCAGACCACCAGCACCAACGCAGGCAUCCUCGUGCUACCAGGGCUGUCUCCCAGUUCUGCACCACUGGAGACCAUCAGCCCCAGCACCAGCGCCCAGGUGCCUGCCCCUGGAUCUUCAGCACCACAGACCAGCCACCGCCGUACCAACCGACAGGGAACAUGGGAGCAGCCUCUGCAAACUCCCUCACAGGAGACGAGCAGCUCCAGCCCUGAGAGUCAAGUAACAUCGGGGUCAUCCCACAGCACCUUCACAGAAAUCGAGGACAGCAGCAGCUCCAGCAGUCGGGGGCCUGACCGCCGGCAAAACCACCCCCGCUGGCAACGUCGGGCCCAAAAUCCACACUUUCGGUCCAGAAGUCCCCUGGACAGGACCCAUGAGCCAUCACCAAGUCCUGGGAGGUGCAGGCCCAGGCCGAGACCAUCGGGGACAUCCCGCAGGCGAAACCGCUCCCACCUGCAACGUGAGACCCCAAAUCCAUCCGGCCGGUCCAGAAGUCGCCACGACAGGAGCCAGGUGAGAGCGCCCAGUGCUGGGAGGAGCAGCCGCAGCCGGGAGACAUCAAGGACAUCCCGCAACCAAAAUCGCUCCCACCAACAUCAGACCCCAAAUGCAUCCGGCCGGUCCAGAAGUCGCCGUGUCAGAAACUGUGUGAGAGCACCAAGUGCUGGGAGCCGCAUCCCCAGCCAGGAAGCAUCAGGGACAUCCCGCAGGCGAAACCGGUCCCGCCGGCAACGUCAGACCCCAAAUCCAGCCGGCCGGUCCAGAAGUCCCCUUGACAGGAACUGCACGCCACCACCGAGUGCUGGGAGGCGAAACUCAAGGGAGACACCUGCCAGGAGUUCCCAAAGACAACUGCACUCCCGCCAGCAGCGUCGGACACGGAACUCAUCCACCAGAUCCAGAAGUCCCCACGACAGGAGCCGUGUUAGAGCACCAAGUACUGCCAGGCGCACUCACCGGUGGGACGGUGAGACACGGACCCACCGCUGACACGUCCCACGUCAGACAGGGAGGAGGAGGCCCGGAAGGGAGAGAGCCAGCAUGCCUGCUGUGUCGGAGAUCAGAGGCUGACCCAGACAUCUGUGGGGGGAAAAUCCAGAAACAUGGGAUCUGUGCCC